UGGGAAGCUAGCUUGGCUCCAUGGGGUCCCCCAAAGCGCAGAACUCGAGGCGGUCGCCCUAAUUCGCACCCCCUAGGGAGGUCCCUGUUGGGGUUCAUGUGUGUGUACAUAUACAGCAACACCAAGCGAUGGUGACACAAGUGACAAAAGGAGCAGCCACAGCCACAGAGCUGGCAGGGUAACAAGAAGGGCAGUAACGAUGACAAAUACAGUGAGGACAAUGGCACAAUUGCUAAUGACAUCCGUAGCUGUCGUUAGGACGAAGUCAUCCCCAAAAACAGAGGGACCCAGGCUCGGAACCAGCGAUUCCCCCCUGGGCCGCAAGGAGGCAGCUGUUCCAAAGGCCCGCCCAUCAGCACUAUGACCUCAGACCUCUGACCUCACUGUGACCGCCCCGCCAUGACCCCGAGGGCUCUGGCCUUGGCCACGCUGCUGGCGCUGACCCCAGCCCAGGCCCUGCUAUGUCCCCGUGGCCGCCCCUGCACAGUGCCCGCCAUCUCUCUCAACCCCGUGACACUGCCCUGCCCAGGUGGGCCGGGCACCGUGACCUGGCUCCGCACCUCCCCCCUGCGCCUGCUGCGGCUCUCAGGGGGCACCUGCCUGCUCCCAGGGGGUGCCCUGCGCCUGGCAGCACCCUGGCCCAGAGACUCGGGGGUCUACACCUGUCGCCGUGGUGAUGUCACUGUGGCUUACUACGACCUGGCUGUGCAGGACGUGGAGCAGCUGCACGUGAGCCACGUGGGGCGUGGGCAGGUGCCGCUUGGCCCCCGCGGGCCCCUCUUCACAGCCUGGACUCCCUGGCAGGCCUGCGACCGCUGUGGGGUGCCCGGCGAACGCAAGCAGGUGGGCUUCUGCUACACCACCCAGCCCAGGGGGCUGCCCCGGCCCUGUGGCCUGGCAGGGGCAUCGCACCCUCCCCGCGGCCCUGAGCUACGGGUCAAGGGCUGCUGGGUGCCCUGCAAGGGGCGCUGGGGUGGCGGCGAGCCCAGGCAGGCCCCGCAGCUCCUCCUCACCCACUACCCACUGCACCCAGCGGGGGAGACCCAGCUGCGCUGCCCAGCAGCCUCCAUCUACAGCCCCGUGGCAUGGCAGGCCGGCACCACGGCCCUGAACCGCCUGCAGGCUGGCGCCGGGGCCCCCCGGCUGGACAAGGCAUCAGGGGGCGCGGUGCUGGUGCUGCCCCCUGGUGCCACCCCGGGCACCUACCACUGCUAUGUGGGGGGCCGCCUGGCUGCCCUCUUCUGGCUGGGCCCAGCCCUGGCCCCCACACCUGCCCGUGGCGCUGCUCGCGCCUAUGGGGCCAUCGAGGCGGCAGUGGUGGGGCUGGCACUGUUUCUCGUUGCCCUCCUUGUCCUGGGGUUGCUGGAGGCCUGUCGGCGCCGCCCCGGGGCCCUUGGCACCUAA